AUGGAAGUUGAGCUCCCUCGAGACUUUCUGGUGGACGCGGACGACCAAGCCCAGAGUCCGCUUUUCCGGCUACCACUAGAAGUUCGGCGUACAAUAUACGAACUUUCAUUCAUUGAGCAGCCUUUUGAAGACGGCAACUACGUAAAAGGCAUCAGUGAAGAAAGUUUAAUGGUGGAUCAGCACAAGUCUGGUCACGAUGCUCUUGAAUUUGACGGAACGUUGCCCAACUGGCUUCGCCCGGGGUGCACCACUCAGUUGAAAACAGAGACAGCCCUGCUCCGGACCUGCCAAUCAGUGUACAUCGAAGCGUCUUCGCUCCUCGUAUCUACAAUGGUGCAUAGAUGCUAUCAAGGCUAUGGCCCCAGAGUCAGGCCAUACCAAUAUCUCAAGCGCUUAACCGAUGCGCAGCGCUCAGGCGUGCAUCGUCUCCAUUUAUUCACUCAAGUACGAGAUUUCGACCGCCAUGGUCCUUGGCUCCGACAACAGCUCCAGCCAGUUGCGGAAAGCCUUCAACACCUCACCAUCACUCUACGUGAUCUGGGGGGCUCGCCGGAAACCCCCAUGCUCCUGAAUCCAUACCAAACGGGAGCGGCCAAAGGUCAGGCCAUCAGCCAAUUCAUGGAAAAGGCGGAGAGGGGCGAGGAGUUAAACAUCCCACCAUCCAGCUGGGCCGGCAGCUUCGCAUUUUUCCCAGCUCUGAAAACUCUCACAAUGGAGCUAGAGGACCAAGAGGCGAGGGAGAGUGAGUUGGAGUCACUUGCACAGUGGGCAACAACUUGGAAGUUCCCGCUUGGGGGUGACCAGUUCAUGAGCUCAAAAACCGCCGCCUCGAGUCGGGUAUGGCAGCGCCCUCGGCCGCAAUAUGAUGAUGAGUUCCACGGUUCCUACAAACCGCCCCGGAUAAUCACCUGGACAGUCCGAUGGCACGCGCCGCCUACCAGGACAGUUGCCGCCGAUAUCGCCCAAGAGAAAACAAUUCCAACACCCACGGAGACUGAUAAUGAGUCCCGUAUUGCACGUCCAGCCUACGAUCCGCGCUUGGGGGGCCUUAACUCAAUAUUUGCAAAUGCAUCAGAGGAAAGUAUUCGCGAACUGAUAGCGUGGGGGGUCUUGUAG